AGACACACACACACCACUUCUUUCCGUCAGUUCAAACGCCCGACUCCUGAGAAGCCUGAACGCCACUCUCACUCCGCUCCGCUCUCACUCCAUCACCAUCGUUCACUCGGGUUCUGUGAGUGUGUUUUGGAACAUGAAGACCUCACGCACCCUCCUCUCCGCCAUACCUCUGUGGAUGUGUUUCGACCACGCAGCUGCCAUCUCCGAGCCCCAGAUUUGCUACAUCUUGGACAGCAUCCUCUUCCUCUAUGGCCUCAUCCUCACUGUGCUCUACUGUCGACUCAAGUGGAUUCAGGGUAAGGAGGCCUAUCCUGUGAAGAAACAGGCAGAGGGCAUAUAUGAAGGUCUGUCCCCUCACGCCCAGGACACCUACGAGACCAUCCAGCUGAAGAAAGGGAUGAAGUAGAGAGAGAAAGAUGAGAAGAAGAAGAGAGGGAUAAAGAGAUGCGAGAAAAGGAGAGAAUUUGCUCCAUGUAACUUUACAGCAGCGACUUAUCUGUCCAAUAUGCUCCUACAGGCUUACUUGAGAUGGCAAAUGUGUGUGUGUGUGUGUGUGUGUGUGAGUGAGAGAGAGAGAGAGAGAGAGAGAGUAUGAGAGAGAGAGAGA